AUGAACAUACACGAAAUAGAUGAAAAAAUUAUUACUCAUGGUAAUUUCAUGAGGCAAGCCUUUUAUUCAAGUAACAUAAAAAUAAAGACUCAUGAUAUCGUACAAGCUAUCGAAGACGAAGAAGAAAAAGAAAAGAAGAAAAAGAAAAAGAGUGAUAAUAAAGAUUUAUUACGACUAAGUGAAAAUAUCAUUUCUAAAAUAAAAAGUGAUGGUAGCGAUAUAAUAAAAAAAGAAGGUUCCAUAUUAGACGUCAAUUCACGUAAUGUUUGUUAUGCUUUAAAAAAUGGGAAAUUUCGUUUAAUAAAUCAGAAUGGUAUAAAUACUACAAGAGUAAAAUUAUUAUAUGAUAAUGAAGUUUUAUAUGUUUGUUUUAAUAAAGAAAAUGGGAAUUAUUUAUUAUUAUUAGAUAAUAAAGGACAUUUAUAUAUUUAUAAAAUUAAUGAAUAUAAAUUAGAUUUAAUCUUAUGCUUAAAUUUCCCUCCUUAUGAAAAAAAAAAUCCAAAUUAUAAUAUUUUAAAAGAUAUAAAAAAUGUUUUAAAAAGUGGAAUUCCAAAAAAAGCUAGCUGGCUACCUAAAAGUGAUAAGUAUUUCCUGACUGGUCAUAAUAAUUGUAUAUAUAUAUGGAACUUAUCUUUAUUAACAAAUACAAUAAUUAUGAAUAAGUUAAAAGAUCAAAUUGAUGUUACUGAUAAGUUAAUAUCAUUAUGUGCUAUUACUUUGUCAUUUGAACAAGUGAUGUAUAAAUAUAAUUAUAUAUUUAAUGAAGAAAAAAAUGAAGUGGAAGGAAAAAAUAACUUGGAAGGAAAAAAUAAUGUGGAAGGAAAAAAUAAUGUGGAAGGAAAAAAUGACGUGGAAGGAAAAAAUGACGUGGAGGAAAAAUUAAAUAUGGAAGAAGAACAAUUUUGUAAAAGAAGAAUAUUUUUGAAUACAUAUAGUUUAAGUUUAAAUGGAAAAUAUUUAUGUGCGUUAAUUAACAAUUAUUAUAUGUUAAUAUGGUGUGUUCAUAGAAAUAAUCAUUUUUUAAAAUUGACGUUGGUUGGUUUAAACAAUUUAAGUGUAGAAUUACAAAAGGUACAUAAAGAAGUGUAUGUAGGAAGUGAAAUAGCAGAAGGAGAAAAAGAGGAAGGUGAUAAUAUAAAUGUUAAGGAUAAUAACAAAAAAGAUAAUAUUUUAGCAUAUAAUAAUAAAAAUAAUGAACAUAAUAAUGAGAAUUUAAAAAAUGAUAACUUAUAUAUAAAUUCGAUCCAUAUAAUAAACAAUUUUUUUUCACCUAAUGAAAAUAAUAAUAAUGAAUCAUCGUAUUAUUUAUUAGUAUUUCAUAAAAAUUGUUGUAUAUCAGUUUUUAAUUUUAAAUAUUAUGUGGGUGAAUUUUGUGAUAAUUUAUCAGAGCGCAUUGACAUAUUGAAUAUAAAUAGUAUACAGAAUAUAUAUGUAGAGAAAAUGGGUCAUAUUGAAAAUAUUGAAUUAUUCGUAGAUCCAUCAGAAUUUUUUGUAUUUUUUAAUAUUUCAUAUAAACUCAUUACUAAUGAAAGAAAAAAAAAAACAGAAGUUAAUAAAAGUCUUCUGUUUGUUUUGGAAAUAUUCAAUAAGAAAAGGUUAGAUUUUAAAAUACAUCCCAAAUUUUUUCAUAUACCGAAUAAAUCAAUACUCCCCUUGUGUUCGAUAAGACUAUUACAAAUAAAUGACGCAAUGAAAUUUACAAAAGUGUUGAAUGUAUCGGUAUCAUCAUCUUCUUUAAAUAUAAUUAAUCUAUUUAUGUUUUCUAUCAUAUUUAAUUCUUCAAAAAAUAAUGUGAGUGUGCAAUCGUUUUCGGCUCCAAUACCUUUGUUAAUGGGCGAUGUGUGUGGUACGGAGAAGGACGGUGAUGAGAUGACACAUGGUAAUGUUCUCCAUGCUGAAAAUAAUAAUGAUGUAAAUGGUGAUAAUGGUGAUAAUGGUGAUAAUGAUGAUGAUAAUGGUGAUAAUGAUGAUAAUAAUGAUGAUAAUAAUGAUGAAGAUAAUAAUGAUGAUAAUAAUGAUGAAGAUAAUAAUAAUGAUGAUAAUAAUGAUGAAGAUAAUAAUAAUGAUGAAGAUAAUAAUAAUGAUGAUAAUAAUAAUAAUGAUGAUAAUAAUAAUGAUGGAAAUAAUGUGAGUACCUAUCAUAAAGACCAUUGUGCUAAGAGUACCCUCGAGAAUGAAAAAUAUACCUUUGAUGAAUGUACAAGUAUAAACAAAGAAAUUGAUGAUAUAAAUCAUCAUUACAAUUUUGUAAAGAAAAACUCAUUGAGUGAACCUUAUGAAAAUAUUGUAAAUAUUUUGAAGUAUAAACAAAGUGAAGAUAUGGAAAAAAUACCUAACAUGAAUGAUAAUGUGAAUAAUAAUGUGAAUGAUAAUGUGAAUAAUAAUGUGAAUGAUAAUGUGAAUAAUAAUGUGAAUAAUAAUGUGAAUGAUAAUGUGAAUAAUAAUGUGAAUGAUAAUGUGAAUAAUAAUGUGAAUGAUAAUGUGAAUAAUAAUGCGAAUGAUAAUGUUCAUGUUAAUAAUAUUGCUCAUAUGAAUAUGAACACUUUUAGUUGUGAGAACCCGCAAUCCAUGGAACAUAUAAAUAAUUAUAAUAUACCAUCAGAAGAUAUAAAUGAAAAUGGAGGUUUUGAAUAUUUAAAGAAAUAUAUAAAUAAUGAAGAAAAUAAUUUAAUUAUGAGAAAUAAAUUAAAAGAAUUGUUACAUAAGAGGAAUGAGUAUUAUUUAGGGAAUGUUAAAAAUGAUGAUUAUGUAUCUGUUUCAACAUUAGGAAUAUCUAAUGAUGUGGAUAUAUUAAAUAAACAAAAUAGUGAUCAAAUUAAUUAUAAAUAUGAUAUGAAUGAAUGUAAUAAAUCCUUAGAUCAUACAUCUUCUGUUGAAAAAAAAAAAAAAAAUAUAAAUUGUGAUGAUACAUAUGUUAAUAUAAAUAAUGAUAAUUUGUUGAGCUAUUCUAUAGGCGAAAUAAAAACAAGUGGGUUAUCGUUUGAUGAGGUUUUAUUUAGUCAUGAUAUAAAGGACAAGGAAGAAAAAGAAAAUAUUUAUAUGAAUGAUAAUAAUAUAUUGAACAAGAUGAAUAGAAAUAAUAUGAUGAGGCACAUAAAGGAUAAUAAUCAAAAUGACGAGGAACAAAAUUGUUUUACAGCAAAUAUGGGAACCUCAAAUGGUAAUACGAAUGGUAACAUAAUUGAUAAUAUAAAUGAUAAUAUAAACGAUAAUAUAAAUGAUAAUAUAAAUGAUAAUUUUAAUGAUAAUAUAAAUGAUAAUAUAAAUGACAAUAUAAAUGACAAUAUAAACAAUAAUAUGAGUAAUAAUAGCAUUAGUGGGGUGAGUUCCGAAUUUUGGGAAAAAUUCAAUGAACAAUAUCCGAUAUGUGUAAAAAAGAGAAGCAGCAAAAUGAGACCCUUUAACGAUACCAAAGAUAUUGUUGACUUAAUAUUUUCUAGCAGUACAAAUGGUAAGAUUGAAGAGGAAGAGGAAAAAAUAGGAGAUGAAGAAAUGAAAAGUUGUGAGGUAAUAAAAAAUGUGGAGGAGGAAAAAAUAAAAAAUGAGGUAAUAAAAAAUGUGGAGGAGGAAAAAAUAAAAAAUGAGGAAAUGACAAAUGUGGAGGAGGAAAAAAUAAAAAAUGAGGAAAUGACAAAUGUGGAGGAGGAAGAUAUAAAAAAAAACCUUGAUCAUAAUAAAAAAAUAGAUAUCAUUAUGUCGAAUCAUGAAGAUACGUUAAAGAAAUAUAUGGAAUGUGAAGAAGAAGAUGUCGAAGAAGACAACAAAUAUAAUGAUGAUAAUAUGUGUGACAAGAAAGUUUCUAUUUUAAGCUUAUCAGAAAAUGAGAAAUUACUGGAAGAGAAAAAAAAGGAAAGUUUUAUUACAAACAUAUUAUUAAAUAAUAAAUAUGAUAAAAAUAAUUUGAGUGAUCUAACAUAUAAUAAUUACAAUGUUCAUACUAUUCUUCAAAAUAAUCAAAUGUUGAGAAAUGGGGAAGGUAAUAAAAUUUUCCAUCAUGUAAGUGAACUAGAAGGAGAAGAACAUGUACAAAAUAAAGAUGAUAUUGUAAUAAAAACAAAUAUAAAUAUGGAUGAUACACAUAUGAAUAUAAAAAAAGAUGAAACAUUUGGGAAGAAAGAAAAAAAUUUAAAUUCAUUUUUACAAAAAUUAGGCUUCUUUAAAAAUUCAUAUCCUGUAACGGUAGACUCCCUAUUGAACAACAGUGAUAUUAUUAAAAAUGAGAUGCAUAAGGAAACAUCUUCAAUAAAAAAAAAAUGUUCUGAUAUGUUAGAUGAGGAUACUACAUCUCAUUUGUUAUUAUUUAACAGGAUGAGUGAAAAAUAUAUGUGUGAUAAAGAAAUGGAGAAUGAAAAUGUGUAUGCAUUUUUGCAUAAUAAUGUGCAUGAUAACAACAAUAUGGUGGAUGAUAACAACAAUAUGGUGGAUGAUAGCAACAAUAUGGUGGAUGAUAACAACAAUAUGGUGGAUGAUAACAACAAUAUGGUGGAUGAUAACAACAAUAUGGUGGAUGAUAACAACAAUAUGGUGGAUGAUAACAACAAUAUGGUGGAUGAUAACAACAAUAUGGUGGAUGAUAACAACAAUAUGGUGGAUGAUAACAACAAUAUGGUGGAUAAUCACAAUACUAUGCGUAGCGAAGAUGAAAUAAAAAAUAUGGAUAACAUAUUAAAUCAUGGUGAUGAUAAGAGAGAGGAUGAUGUAGAUUCACAUGAUAGAGAGGGCUCGUUAAAUAAAAAGGACAUCUUUGAAAAAGUAUAUAGAAAUAUAAAUAGAAAGGUAUCAGAAAUAAUAUAUGAAGAGUUGAGAAAUAUAAAUUGUGUAGAAAAUAACGAAAUAACAAAUGAAAAAAGUUAUAGAAAAGGUAAAGGAUUAAUAAAUAUUGAUAAAUAUAAUAAAGAAGGAGAAAUUCAUGAUAUGAAUAAAAGUAUAUUUAAUGAACAUGAUAAUAGAUUGAUUGAAUAUAGCUGUUAUCGUAAUAGUAUUGAAUUAGAGAAAGAAGUAAAUAAAUAUCAUAAGAAAAUAAAUGAACUGAAUGAGGAAAUUAUACAUAUGAAGAAUAUGCAAGAGAAUUUAAAUAUAAAUAUGAUAAGUAUAAAUAAAAAUAUAAAUAAAAUAUAUGAAAUAAUAAAGAGUACUAAUUAUGUAAAAAGUGAAAAAGAAAACAUUUUGAAUGUGUGUGUAGAUAGUACAAAUAAUAUGGAUAAAAUAAAAGAUGAUUUAAAUAAUAUACAUGGAAUGAAAUUGGAUAAAUUAGGAAAUGAAAUAAUAAAUAUAAAAAAAUAUAUGAAUAAUAGUAUAAAUAAACUUAAUGACAAUUUGCUUAUUAUGUGUGAUGAGUUAAAAAUAUAUGGAGAUAAAAGUAUAAAGAGUGGUAAUGAAAGUUUAAAAAAAAUUCUUUCCCAAGAUAUAUGUAAUAAAUUAGAAGAAUAUAAAAAACAGAAGGAUAUACCAACUAAUCAUAGCAAUAAUAAUAAUAAUAAUAAUAAUUAUAAUAUCUUAAAUCAUAAUAAAGAAGUUAUGGAUAUAAUUAAUAAAAAUCAUCAUAAUGCUCUCAAAAAAAUAAUGCCUUCUCUUAUAUCAUCAGAAAUACAAAUACAAUUUUCUAAAAGCGUUGUCCCUGGUAUGAGAGAAGCAUAUAAUACAGGAUUCCAGUCGAUAAAAGAAUCUUUUAAUUCAUUGAUAUCAGAUAAUAAAAAUUGGCUAGCUAAGGAAUUAUUUACUUUAGAAAAAAGUAUAUAUGAAAAAUGUGAACAAUAUAACAAUGAUAUGUUAUUAGCUUUAAAUAAUAAGAUUGAAUUAUUACAAAAUGAUUUAAAAUUAGUAAUUUAUAAUAUAAAUGAAAAAAUGAAUACUAUAUGGGAAGAAAUGAAUAAGGUUCCUAAGGAGUUGAAUGAUUGUAAUUCUUACCAGCAUAAAAGUAUAAUGGAUGAAAAGGAAAUUAUGGAUAAUGAAAUUAAUAUAAAUAGUGUAAAUAACAUAAAUAACAUAAAUAACAUAAAUAACCUAAAUAACCUAAAUAGUGUAAAUAAUAAUAAUAAUAAUAAUAAUAAUCAGAUGAUGAUUGUUGAAUAUAAUGAACAAGAUCCUUAUCAAGAACAUAUGCAUUCAUCUAGUACAAAUAGCAAUUAUCAAAUCAAUAAAAAUAAUGUUGUUAAAUCAAAAGUAGCCCUUACAAAUAUGAAACGUGUUAAAGAACCUUAUGCCCACUCAAAUACUUUUGUAAAUUCCAAGGUAAACCAUAUGAACAUGAAUCAUGCUGCUACUAAUGUUAAUGAAAAGGGCGUUAUAUUUAAGGGUGUGAAAUCUUUAGGUGUUAUUCCGAAAGGUGUUGUUAGUUCAAAUAAGGGUGUCCGUGUGAUGAAUAUGAAUAAUGAAAUUAUAAAUAAUAAUAUGAAUGGUGGUAAUGUGAAUAGCAUUUUUAAUAAUCCCAUGAAUGGUGGUAAUGUGAAUAACAUUUUUAAUAAUCCCAUGAAUGGUCGUGUGAGUACGAAUAUAAAUACAUAUAAUCAUAGUAAUACUACAAAUGCUCAUAUAAAUAAUCAUAGUAAUAAUGUGAAUCCUCACAAUACAAACGACCCAUCGGCAGAUAUUAUAAUAAAAGGAAAAAUUAAUCAUUUAUUAAGUGAACAAGAGUAUGAUCAAGCUUUUACAUUAGCAUUAUCUGUGGAUAUAGAAAAAAAUACAAACGCAUUUUGGAUACUACAAUUAUGUUAUAGAUAUCAUAGCAAUUUAUUAUCAGAAGAUCGUUUACCUAUAAGUCAGCCCGUAUUAUUAGGUAUAUGUAAAAUAUUAUGUGAAUCUUUAUUAAGAUCUAGCGAUUUAACUAUAGAAACUGCAGAUUUCAGAAUUAAGUGGAUAAGAGAAUGUUUAGAACAACUAGAUAUACAUCAUCCUGAUUUUCUUAAAACUAAUGCAUCUGUGUUUAUACAAAAUAUGUUUAAUAACAUUUCUAACUUUUUAUAUGAUAUUGAAAAUUGUAUAAGAAAAAUGAAUGAAAAUAAUGAUAAUAUUAGGUCAAAAAAUAAAUUAAUGUUGCAUACGGAUAUAGUAAAUAAUGAGAGUAAUAUAUUAGCCUUUAAUGAAUUAGAUAAUCAAAAUAAAAAAUAUUCAAAAUAUAUUAAUAUAACAAAUUAUCACCCAUAUAAUAAAAACAUGCUUCUUAUCUUACAAGACAAGUUGGUACAGAUAAGCAAACUACUAAAGAGAAUUAUGAAUAGUUCGAAUAAGAAUAGUUCUGUGCAAUAA